AAGCAGUGGGAGGUUGCAAGGAGGAAUUCUUAGCACAUGAGAUGUGAAGGAACCAUCAUUUCCUUGAAUGCGUCCAAACAAGCUUAUGCUUCAAUCCAAAAUAGGUGUGGGUGUGUGUAUAUAUAUAUAUAGUUGUGUGUUUGGUGACAGCCACAGGACAUUGAUACAGACACCCCUACACGCCUCUUCCUCCCACCAUCCUGCCCACCACAGCCGGCCACCUCGCUGUUACAUCUGCAGCCACUUCCUGUUUCAUCUGUUCCUUGUUUGGCAGAGCAGAUUGUGAAGUACUCUUUAUCUUGAUUCUAGGGGGGGUUGGGGAGAGAGCAGAAAAGAAUGAAAGAUUAAGAGACGGCUGGAUUUUUAAGUGCUUUUCUUGCUCCGUUUCUAAUCAUCAAGACGAACAGCAAGAAAAGGUCCAUCCUCUUGAUCUUGUUGUGUGUGCCGUCUCAUCUUCCUCAUGGCGGGUGAGACAUCAUGGGAGGAGUCUUACCCUGUCGCCUACUUCCAGAGUGAGGUUGCGGGCCUUAAGCCGACCUCCGAAGACAGCGAUGACCAAGAUGAAGAUGCGUUGAUCUCAUUGGACGCCGUUCUGCCCGAUGACCUCUUGGAGAAGGUCUUGUCCUUCUUGCCCAUCGCGAGCAUCGUCAGAGCGAGCUCAGUCUGCAGGCGGUGGUACGAAGCUGUGCAUUCCGGGAGGUGCUCGUGGACCAAGAUGUCGCCCCAGAAGCCAUGGUACUUCAUGUUCACCUGCAGCGACGACGCCGUCGCCGGCUACGCCUACGACCCGAGCCUCCGGAAAUGGUACGGCUUCGACUUCCCCUGCAUCGAGAGGAGCAACUGGUCGACCUCCUCCUCCUGCGGGUUGGUCUGCUUGAUGGACGGCGAGAACAGGAGCCGCGUCUUCGUCUGCAACCCGAUCACGCGGGACUGGAAGAGGCUGCACGACGCCCCCGGGGGGAAGGCCCCCGAUUACAGCGCGCUCGCCAUGUCGGUCGACCGGAGAACCCACGGCUACACGGUCGCCGUCGCCAAGUGCAAGCAGGUGCCUCAGGACUAUUACCAGUGGCAAUUCUCCAUCCACGUCUACGAGUCGAAGACCAGAGCGUGGCUCACCCCCUUCGCCGAAGUCUUGGUGGGCUGGCGGGGCGGAGACGAGUGCGUGAUCUGCAAUGGCGUCCUGUAUUACUUGAUCUACUCCACCGGCGUGCUCAGGAACGUCGAGCCGCGCCAUUGCCUGGUGAUGUACGACCUCUCGGCGCGGCCUGCCCGCACGUCCCUAAUGCGGACGGCGAUCCCUGUGCCAUGCUCUCUGACCUGCGGCAGGCUGAUGAACCUCAGAGACAGGCUAAUCAUGGUCGGCGGUAUCGGGAAGCCGGACCGACCGGGCAUCAUCAAGGGCAUCGGCAUCUGGGAGCUUCAGAGGAGGAGGGAAUGGCGGGAGGUGGCUCGAAUGCCGCACAAGUUCUUCCAGGGGUUCGGCGAAUUCGACGACGUCUUCGCGAGCAGCGGCGCCGACGAACUCAUCUACAUACAGAGCUUUGGAUCCCCUGCUCUGCUGACCUUCGACACGACCCAGAAGCUGUGGAGGUGGUCGACAAAAAGCCCCGUGACGAAGAGGUUUCCCCUGCAGCUCUUCACUGGCUUCAGCUUCGAGCCGAGGCUCGAGGUCGCUUCCUGAUUUCUGCUGCUCAUUGCUUUCUUUGCCUUUCCGUUUACAACUCGAAGCAAUCAUGCCAUAGUUUUGUUUCACGUGUCUAGGAUAAUUACAUGGAAUGUUUGUAUGAUGGACAAGAACAUUCUUGCAAUGAUCAUGGAGAUUCUACAGAGUGUUAACCUUGUUU